AUGUUACGGCUGCUUUGCUCUCGAAACACCAAACUGAGCCAAUUUGCAUUCAGUCGACGCUGGAUCGAAACUGGACCUACUAAACCUUCACCAGCCUCUACGUUUCCUUAUGGACCAGGAAUCCCACCACCACUCAAGGGAGUCAAAAUCCUCGACUUGACCCGUGUUCUGGCUGGUCCGACGGCCACGAUGCUCCUUGCGGAUCUCGGGGCAGACGUCAUAAAGGUGGAGGAAGUUACCCGUGGAGAUGAUACUCCAUCCCAUCAGCCCCCUGAAUCAGCGUAUUUUCUCUCUGCGAACCGUAAUAAACGCUCUAUGACGGUAAAUUUCAAGACUCCUGAGGGUUUGGCGAUCGUUCACAAACUUGUGGAACGGGCGGAUAUUCUUGUCGAGAAUUUCGUUUCUGGCAAGUUGGCCAGUAUGGGCUUGGGCUGGGAGGAUUGUAAACGGAUAAACGAACGUCUUAUCUACGCGUCUAUUACUGGCUAUGGCCAGACUGGGCCUUAUCGAGACGCAGCUGGCUACGAUGUUAUCAUCGAGGGUGAAGCCGGUUUAAUGCACAUCACAGGAGAGCCAGACCGACCCCCUUGCAAAGUCGGCGUAGCUGCCACGGAUAUCGCAACGGGAUUAUAUGCCCAUGGGGCGAUCAUGGCUGGCCUUAUCUCUCGCCAGCAAACGGGUAAAGGGGUCUGGAUCGAUUGCAAUUUGUUCGAAACACAGAUUGCUGGGCUAGCCAAUAUUGCCUCGAACUAUCUGAUAGCAGGUCAGGAAGCCUCACGUCAUGGCACGGCCCAUCCUUCUAUCGUGCCCUAUCAAGUAUUCCCAUGCAGAGACGGAUUUUUAAUGAUCGGCGCAGGCAAUAACAAGCAGUUCAGGAUAUUAGCUGAGAGUGUUCUGGGUAAUCCCGAACUGGCGAAUGACCCCAAGUUCUCGACAAACGAUGCCCGGGUUGAGAACCGGACGGAGCUUGUAAAAAUCAUUACAGAUGUUCUGAUGCAGCGGGACAGGGACCAUUGGCUAGAGCGAUUCCGCGGAUUGGGGGUGCCAUUUGGGCCGAUAAACAAUAUAAAGCAGACAUUUGAACAUCCUCAGGCGAUUGCUAGGCAGGUGACAGUGGAGGUCGACCACCCCCGGUCGGGCAAAAUCAAAUUGGUCUCGCCCCCAGUCACGUACAAUGGGCAAAAGAUGCCGGUGCGGCUUCCGCCUCCCUGGCUAUCGGAGCACACGACCGAGGUAUUAGAAGAAUUGGGAUAUUGCCGGAAUGAAAUUGAAUCACUUCGAGAGAGGUCGAUUACUUAUCUAGGCUGGGGUCUAGCCACGUGUUGUCAUUAGUGAUGAUGUCAUUGAGAUUGAUGUCACGGGUGUGACGAAGAAGCCAAUUUUGAU